AUGUGUGAUUCAAAUGCAGUCAAUCUCUGUGUCAAUGAUUUGUUUCACGACUUGUUUGACGAAAACAAUCGGCUUUUAAUUGAAGUCAAGUUUGCCUUUCAUUUGAUUGAAUUAUUACGAAAUUAUCGCUCAUUUGUACACAAUUUAAGCGCUAAUUAUCACCCUUUGGAUCAAUUCAAACACAACCGAGUCUUCGAUGAUCUCGAACUCAAAUACAAGACUCUGUUUGCGGACCAAAUACUCGACGAUAUCAUCACUCGAUCCGAAGACACGUUAAAGAGUGACACAUCUGUUGGAAAUGGUAUUAAAGGGAAACACAAGCGAAUGGUUAGACUGAAGACAAAUGAAGACAAUAAAAGCGCAGAUGACUUGACAACAGGUCCACAGUUGGGAUUAAAUGAUAUCAUAAAUGAGACACUCGUUGGUGUGAAACGGAGCCAAAGACUAGACUUUAUUGAACCGAAACCUAUUUUCGGUGAUAAAAGCGCUGACAAUAAGGAUUUGGUGGACAACGAAGAAGUGGUCGAUUCGGGAUGUGAAGAGACCGAUGGGACGAGUGGUAUGAGAGUGAGAGCCACGAUAUCGGGGUAUUUGUGUGAAUACCCUAAUUGUGAUUAUAUGAACGGAAAUAAGGGCAACGUUUCGCGACAUAUCUCUAAAAUGCAUUUAAACAAACGUCCGCUCGUUUGCGACGAUUGCGGCCAAACCUUUUGGGGUCAGAAACGACUCUUUUUGCACCGAAAGGCCACACAUUUUGCAUCACUUGUCGAUAGCGGGAAUCGCCGACAAUACAAAUGCGAUUGGCAUGACUGCACCUAUCAGUGCAAGAGUCUCACAAACCUUAACCUUCAUCGGCGCCGACACAGCGGUCAAAAGCCCUUCAAAUGCCAGUUUCCCGACUGUGUGUCCUCUUUCGUGACCAAUAGUGAGCUGAAGACACACACGAUUAGCAUUCAUAGCAACGAAUCGCCCUUUAAGUGCGAAUGGAGUGGUUGUGGUCACGCCUUCAAGACUAAAGAGAGGCUUAAAUGUCAUUCGUAUAAUCACAAUAACGAGUGGCCAUACGUUUGCGAGUGGCCGGGAUGUGAUGCCAAAUAUGCUAAAAAUUCCGAUUUAAAAAUGCAUCGAUUGUGCAUACAUUCCAACGACAAGCCGUAUCCGUGCGAAUGGCCCGCUUGUGAGGCCAGGUUUAAGACCAAAAAUGGUCGCCGACUUCAUAAUUAUACGCAUACGGGUGAGCGUCCGUACCGGUGCGAGUGGCCCGGGUGUGAGGCCAGUUAUUACAUGGUAUCGAAGCUAAAUAGACAUAAACUAUCGCACAAUGGCAUAAAGAAUUACCGGUGCUUAUGGCCUGACUGUGACAUGAAGUACAGCACAAGAAUGAGAGGCCAUUUGUCUGUGACUUUCCUCUCUGUGAGCGUCGGUUCACAGAUAAGUCCCAAAUGA